GGGAGCGCGGGCUCUUCCGUGGAGGCUGCGGGGCCCGGCCCGCCGGGCGCGAGGCGGCCGGUAACGGCCCGUAACGGUCCGUAACGGCCCGUAACGGCCGGUAACCGCCGGCAUGAGCAGCGGCGCCCAGACCGGCGGCAGGAGGAGGAGGAGGAAGGCCGCCCGCCCAACCCCGCCGUCCUCCGCCAGCUCCGAGGGCGAGGAGCCCCUCAGUCUCUCCGGCUGCUCCCCGCUCCCCCCCAGCUCCCCGAGCGGCGAGGAGAAGGAGAAGGCGGAGGAGGAGGAGGAGGAGCGGGUGGCCUCCCGGAGCCCGCCGGGCGAUAGGAGAGCUGAAGACUCUGAAAUAUCAGGAGAAAAAAGAGAGUCACCCUUAGAAGAUAAUCUGUCACCAUGGGAAGAAAAAAAAGAGUCACCCUUGAAGGAUAAUCUGUCACCAUGGGAAGAAUGGUUCAUUGGCAAAGAGAAGGAACUACGUGCCCGCUCACAAGCUAAAGCUCAAGAGGAAAUGAAUAUACAGCUUGAGAAGAUAAAACAAAAGCAAGAAUGUGAAAGGAGGAAAAGGAUAGCUGAAGAGAAGCACAAGGAAUGGGUCCAAAAAAAAAGAGAAGAGGAAAGACGGGAAAGGGAACAGAAGCUGAGCAAAGAAAUGGUAGAAAAAGCCACCAGGGAACUAGAAAAAAUGCAGUUGCAAGAAAAGGCUGAAGAGAAGUAUAAAGAAUGGUUAAAGAAGAAGAGAGCUGAAGAGGCAGAAAAGAAGAAAAAAGAGAAGGAAAAAGAAAAAGAAAGGGAAGCUGAACAGCAGCAGAAGAAAGAGAAAUCGGAGAAGAUCUUUAAGCAAUGGCUACAUAAUGCCAGAAAUAAACCACGCCCUGUUUUAAAUGGAUAUGGCUUCCCACGUUGGAAGUCUGCAGGGUAUGCUGGUGGAAAUUUGUAUCCAGUCCCAGCAUAUUAUAACCCCAUUCCUUGGAAACCUGUGCAUGCACCUCCUCCAAAGGAAGACAAUGUUCUUACCAUGAAGAAGAGUAAGAGACCUGUGUCUUAUCGGCCACGUGCGUCUACACGUACAGUAAUUUAUAAGCCCAAGAACAACCUUGGUAUUGGAUCCUUGUGCAGAAAGCAGUUAUAGUACAGAAAACAAAACUAUUCUUGAGUGAAAUGAGCCAUUAAUAUGAAGUUAUAUAUAGUUACGUGUCCAAAACCAGACUGCUUCUUGAAAAAAGUUUUUGUGAACAGGUUUUAUAUUUACACUGAACUGAUCAUUCAGCUUUUUAAUGUGGUUUUUUAUAUGUUGAAUUUUAGUAAAAAAAAAAAGAAAAGAAGACAAAAAAAGCAAGAAAAAGUAAUAUGUAGCCAAUUGUAAUGGAAGUGUACCUCAAUGCCAAUAAAAAGCACCAGAUUGUUUCUU